AUGAUAGAUAUAAACAAAUAUCUUGAAAAUCAACUCGCACUUGCCAAACAAAGAAACGAUGAUAAGAACAGAAACAUCAACACAGUUACAACUAAAAGCAAACUUGCUGCCGACAGCAUUUCCAAAAAGCAAAACAAAAACUUUAUGAAUGAUGAUACAAAGUUAGGGAAGAACCAUUUCGCAGAAUCACAGAAGGCUAGUAUGUCCAAGGAUUUGAGUAAUGACGAUGAUGUAGAUUACUUAUCUUCCUGUGAAGAAGACAAUCAAAAGGUUCAAUCAUCACUAUGCAUUCGUAGCAAACAAAAUGUAAAAAAAAUCAUUGAUGAUGGUGAUACCAAAGUUUACAAAAACCGAAUUGCCAGUUGGAACAAAAAUCUUAAAGCUGUUUGUUCAGGUAGCAGUGAUGAAUAUAUAGAUUACUACACAGCAGAUAUUCAGUAUGUUUUAAAUGGUAAUCCAGACAUAGAAGAAAAUCAUGAACUUCAGAAUGGAUUAUAUGUUCCAAAAUACAUUUGGAAACAAUUGUAUAAAUAUCAAAGAACAGGAGUUAAAUGGUUGUGGGAGCUACAUCAAGUGCAAUCUGGUGGUUUAUUAGGUGAUGAAAUGGGCUUGGGGAAAACUGUUCAAAUUAUUGCUUUUUUAGCUGGACUUUCUAAAUCUAACAGUGGAUCAUGGAAUGGUCUCGGACCUUCAAUAAUUGUGGCUCCAGCUACAGUCAUAUACCAGUGGGUGUCUCAUUUUCAUUAUUGGUGUCCUUAUCUUAGAGUUGCUGUCCUUCACCAUUCGGGAUCACAUAACGGAAACCAUAAUAAACUGGUAAGAAAUAUUCAGGCAUCUCAUGGCAUAUUAUUAAUCACUUAUGCCGGUGUGGUAAAAUAUAUUACAGAUUUGUUGUCUUAUAAUUGGCAAUACAUUAUACUAGAUGAAGGCCAUAAAAUAAGAAACCCAGAUACACAAAUCAGUAAAUUUGUGAAAAAAUUUAAAACUCCUCAUAAAUUACUCAUAACAGGAUCACCAAUGCAAAACAGCCUGCAAGAACUUUGGUCUCUUUUUGAUUUUAUGAGGCCCGGACUUUUAGGAACAUACACUGCUUUUAUGGAACAUUUUGCUGUGCCCAUAACACAGGGGGGAUAUGCAAAUGCAACAGAAUUACAGGAAGCAACAGCUUUAGAGAUAGCCAAAGCUCUCAAAAAUAUAAUUACACCCUACAUGCUGAGGCGCACUAAAAGUGAAGUACAAGAACUUAUAAAAUUACCUGACAAGAAUGAGCAAGUAUUGUUUUGUGCUUUAACCCCAGAACAGAGGGAUCUAUACAUGGGUUAUUUAUUGAGCACAACAGUGAGAAGUAUCCUUGAUAAAGAAAGUAGAUUUGGAGACCCACUACGAGCUAGAGUACUUGUUGCAUUGUCUACAUUGAGAAAAAUUUGCAACCAUCCUGACUUAUAUCUGUAUGAAGCUCAAGAAGAAUGUGAACAAAUAAAUGAAGAAGUUUUUGGCCACUGGAAGAGAUCUGGAAAAAUGACUGUUGUUCAGUCUCUUUUAAAAAUUUGGCAGAAACAGGGACAUAGGACUUUAAUAUUUUCUCAAUCAAGAGCUAUGCUUUGUAUACUAGAACAGCAUUUACAAAGUCAGGGUUUUAAAUAUCUGAAAAUGGAUGGUACAGUUAGUGUCAGCCUCAGACAAAAUUUAAUUAAAACUUUCAAUGAAAGUAAAGAAUAUUUAGUUUUUCUUGCAACAACAAGAGUAGGAGGCUUAGGGGUCAAUCUAACUGGUGCUGACAGAGUUAUAAUAUACGACCCAGAUUGGAACCCCGCAACAGACAAUCAAGCAAAAGAAAGGGCUUGGAGAAUAGGUCAACAAAGAAAUGUUACUGUUUAUAGAUUACUUUCAGCAGGUACAAUAGAAGAAAAAAUUUAUCAAAGGCAAAUUUUUAAAAACUUCUUGAGUAACAAAAUUUUGAUUGAUCCUAACCAAAAAAAUGUUUUGACAACCAGUACAUUGCAAGGGCUCUUCACACUUGAAGAACCUAAUUGUGAAGGGGACACAGAAACUGCAUCACUUUUCAAGCACACUAAGGUAAACAUUAAUAAACAUAUCAACAGGGAUAGUGAGAAAAUUCACUUGAGUGAUAGUGUAACAUUUUCAAAAAAAAAACUAGAUGCAAUGAAAAGGAUGGCUAGGGAAAUAAGUAAAAAAAUUUCCAAUGAUACUGUAGCGUCCAAAACGGACGAGGAUCCACGACAAAGAUACAAAAAGAAAAGAGAACAGCUUUUAAAUCCACCUGUAGUUCAAGAACCUGAAAUUAAUUUAGUUGACGAUAAAGUAAGUAAUAUACCAUUUGAAAGUGUAUUAUCUGAGUUAGAUAUUAUUAACAUGCAUGUUAAAGAAAACUAUGAAGAAAACUUGCUAAAAGAAGUAUUAAGCAGUCAAGAUGAAGAAAUUGAAAAUAAAGAAGAUAAAAACUGUGAAACAGAUCUAAAUAAUGUAGUAAACUCAAUACACCAUGAUAAAAUUAUAUCAUUACAAGAGAUAACUAAAGAUACAAAAAUAUCAGAGGAAAACACUCACAAAAGACAGCAUUCGCCGGAACAAAGUAUUGAAAAUUUGGUUGCAAUAAAAAAAAUAAAAAAAACAAAGCACAAGCAAAAAAAAAAUAGAAAUGUUAGUGAUGAUGAUUAUGUACUAAGUAAACUUUUUGCCAAAUCUGCUGUUAAGAAUGCUUUACACCAUGACGUUGUAGUGGGAUUAGCUGAAAAAGAAAAGAGACAUCAAAUGAAAGAAGAAGCUUCGAAAAGAGCAAAGAAAGCAGUAAGAGCUAUAAAAUUUUCAUCAAAAUAG